AGGCCCAGAAUUUGCAGGAGCGAUCGAAUGGUGCUUGAGGGCAAACGAACUGACGAACACGAACUGGAGGAAGGACUUUGUGCAGAAUGUGUUGUGCUACCUCUAGAGUCAUGUCACAGGCAGUUGUCGCAGAGGCCCUGAGGCAAUCUGAGCACCUCUUAUCGUGAAGAUCCACAUUUCCCAAAUGGUACUGGCGCUGACGUCAUCGGUAAAAUCGUCGUCUCGAACGGUGAGAAGUCGAAGCACGAGCUCCCAGCAGUAAGGAACAAAGUAGGGGCGUCUUUAUCUCUAAUCUCGUCGCGCCGACUGCAAGGUUAUUCUACCGAACCACCAAGCUGUGCUUGGCAGUCACCAGUCGCAUUUGUAUUUGUUAGGUGACUCAGCCUUACAACCCCACAUCACUGGCCACCACCACACAGCAUCACUACACUAAGUAUGCCUCCGAGAGUCCACAUAAUCAGGCAUGGGCAAGGCGAUCACAAUGCGACUCGUGACUACACUAUCCGCGACGCACUCCUCACUCCCAAGGGGAAAGGGCAAUGCAGCACCCUCCAGUCCGUCUUCAAGUAUCACAACGACAUCGACAUUGUUUUCUCGUCGCCACUGCGACGCACCAUUCAGACGGCGUCCUUGAGUCUGGGUCCAGCACUAGCUCGCAAUGAGGUUCCCUUCGUGCUGCUGCCGCCGUUGCAAGAAGUCAGCGACAUGGGGUGUGAUGUGGGCCUUGCAGACAAUGCAGACGAUGUAGUGCGAAUCUUGCCUACGCUCUUUGCGGAAGGAGAACUACCCUUUGAUUACAACAAGAUCGACGCUUCGCACGUGACUGAAGGCUGGAACGGCAAAAAAGGAUACUGGGCGUACGAGAAAGACGCGAUAUUAAAACGUGCAGCAGACCUAAGGAGCUUUCUACAGCAACGAUCAGAGAAACAGAUCGUACUGGUCACCCAUGGUGCAUUCACUCACUUUCUAACCGAAGAUUGGGAUGUUGAGGAUCCAAUGACUGGCACAGCAUGGCUGAACUGCGAACAUCGUGUAUUCGACUUCACACCUGAUUCCACUGCCACAGACGCCCAUCUGCGGGAGACCGAUGAGAGCAAGUCAUCAAGGAAUGGUGAGGAGAGAAAGCACGAUCCUCAUGUGCUGGAGGAACUGGUCAAGGUAUCUUCAAAUGAAAGUCAAAGCUGAUAGUUCACGUGUGGAGCGACUCGACCUUACAAAUAGUUGCGAGGCUACCACACGGGCUUGUCACAUCAACAUGCACGUAUCGAA